GUAUAGGGAUAAGCGCGCUGGAAGUCUAAGUGGAGGAAACAAAAGGAAACUCUCCGUGGGAAUGGCAAUUAUCGGUCGUCCUCGUAUUGUAUUCCUCGAUGAGCCCAGCACUGGUAUGGAUCCUGUAUCGAGACGCUUCCUGUGGGGAGUAAUUCAACAGCUGGCAAUCAGCCGCAAAAGUGUUGUGGUUCUUACAACACACUCUAUGGAGGAGGCGGAGGCGCUAUGUUCACGGAUUGCUAUUCAGGUGGGCGGCCAGUUUAGAUGCCUUGGGUCUCCUCAACGAUUAAAGAGUCGUUUCGGGAGAGGCUAUGAAGUGAGUCUUAAAUACGACGAU